ACGCCUGCAUCGUAAAACAUACACUCAUUCUCCUACAUGGGCAAGAAACGCAAGAACAGAACUCAUCUCAAAGGAGGCGUUGCCUCAAACCCUCGAGCUGCCGAAGGAGUCCCGAAAUCCUUCAUCAUCAAACACGGACAUGUUGGCUCGUCUCUCGCACAACUCGUUCGAGAUAUGAGGAAAGUCAUGGAGCCUAAUACUGCCAGUCGACUAAGGUGAAGGAACGUGCACGUAACAAACUCAAAGAUUUCCUGACGAUGGCUCCUGCACUUGGUGUGACCCAUCUCUUGGCUUUCACUUUGACCGACCUUGCCCCUUCGUUCCGCGUCAUUAGGCUUUCUGCGGGUCCUACACUGAGUUUUAGAGUAGAACGGUAUAGUUUGGUGAAAGAUAUGCUUCGGACUUCGCGGAGAGCGAGAAGUAUAGGAAGCGUCGAGUAUCUCAGUCCUCCGUUGCUUGUACUGGCAUCAUUUCCUCCUCCAGGACCUAAUACGCCACCCCAUCUUUCUCUAGUCGUCAAGACCUUCCAAACACUCUUCCCACCACUAGCACCUCAAUCGUUAAGUCUCUCAUCCUGUCGUCGCGUAGUCCUUGUCUCCUACAACGCCGACAAAGGUACCAUCGAUUUCCGACACUACCUCAUCACCGUCAAACCAUACGGAGUCUCGAAACGCGUCCAGCGAGUCCUCGACGGUGCAACAGCUGCAAAAACUUCAUCUUCAACUAAAGGUGUCUUGGAUCUCGGAAACGAGAAAGACGUUGCCGACUUUUUGUUGAGGAAACGUGGAGAACCGGGUCCGAGCUCAGAUGGUUAUGAAUCUGCUGCUUCGACUGCGUCUAGCGUUGCUGGAGACGAUGCAGAUGCUAUCUCAUUGGUAGAUGAUUAUGUUGGCAGGAAUAACAAGAAGGGCACGAAAAGAGCUGUGCGGUUGGAUGAGAUUGGGCCUAGGAUGGAGUUGAGGUUGAUUAAGAUUGUGGAAGGGGUUCCUGGCAAAGAGGGCAGUGUCAUUUAUCACGAAUUUGUCAAAAGGUCCAAGGCUGAGAUUGUGGCUCAGAAAGCUGAACAUGCAGCCAAGGAGAAACUAAGGAAACAGAGGCGAGAAGAACAGGAGAGGAAUGUGCAGCGGAAGAAAGCAGAGGGUGAAACAGGUGGUGAUAAGGAGGGUGACGACGAAGAUGAGGAAUUGGACGAAGAAUUGAGCGAAGACGGCAAGCAAGAGGGGCAGGCGGAUUAUGAGAAUGAAGGAGAAUGGGAUGACGAGGAAGAGAUCAGUGAAGAGGAGGAAGCUGACUAUGCAUCUGGCAGCGAUGCGGAUGGUAGUGAAAGCGAGGACGAACCGGAAAAGCCGCCAUUCAAAAAGUCGAAGAAGAGUAAACGGUAGUGUUUUCUAUAUCACUCAGAGUAUUCUUUGCGUAGAAUGGUGUGGGUGAUUAUGCAUUACAUGUAGUCUAUAUGCUAGUAUAUCCCCCAGAUAAGUAGGGCGUGACUUAGGCACUACUUUUUGGCG